ACUUCUAGGUCGAUUACCAGCGCUAACUAAUGAAGCACAUUUCAUGUACUUCAGCAAAUGGCAACAGCUUCGCCGAUUAUUCAAGCUCUUCGAAAUUUCUUGUCUGGGAGGAAUCUCCAGGCCAAGUUACAGCUUCGCUAUGCUCCAGAAAUUGCCCCAAGGUCCAUUCCCGAGCCCAAUCUCCCGGAUGGCGUUUCCCACAAGCUCGCGGAGAAUUACUACUUCACGAGGGACGGGCGGCGCGACUCCAAGCCGGCCACUUUAGUCUACUCCAGUGUGAAGCGUCUCGCCGAACCGCAGCCGGCCGAGGGUGGGUCUGGAACUCCUGCUCUUCGGAAACCGGUCACCCCUGGUAUUCCGCCAACGUGGAAGCUGUCCACUGACGAGCCCUACCUAAAAUGAUCAACAGACAGUAGUUAUUUUGUAAAUACAUGUAGAUUAAAAAAAUUGUAAUUAAAUACCAAUAAUUUCAGAGACAUCAUCCUGCAGUUGUAGGAGUGUAAGUUUUUUUCCCAAAUUAUAACUUCUUAGGCAUUUUUGCUGAAAUGUAACCUGAAUCCUACAAAAUCUUCCAACUGCCUGCCUGUCAAAAUCAGAUAUGGCCUCAGUCCUCCAAAAUCCUCUGUUACUGCUUGAGUGUGUUCCAUUGAGGUGUGACCACAGCCUGGGUCCUUCAAAAUCUCCCGCCAAUUCCUGUCACUGCGCUGAGGCAGCCCAAAUGAUAUGGAGGAGUGGUAACGAUUUCACAUGUAAUGUAGGCCUCAUUUUAUGCCUAGCCGAGAGUAAACAAGCCAAGGUCCAGCCCUAGACCUCGACACAGUGCAUCUUUUUGCAACCAGCCACUGUAUUUUUGCUGUAUAGCCUUAACCCUCCCAAAUCCUCCAAAACCGCUCGGAAGAUUUUGGAGGAUUUGGAAAGGUUCAGGUUACAUGGGAAGUGCAGUAAGAUGGCUGCAUGCUUACACUGUAUAAAUCUCCUACCAACUUGUCUGAGCAGUUUUCUUUCCCUUGUAAUCAGUGAAGAGCGGAAGGGACAUUAGAGUUGCCCAAGCGUGUACCAACCUGGAACUUGGGGGAGUGUUGUAGCAUGUUAGUUUAUGCAGAGCUGUGGGAUGGGCGGCUUGUGCAUUCAUUAUCACAUACACGGGCACCUACUUGAUUCAACAAAGACUGACCAUUCGAGAUGUUCCUCCAGCACGUAGGCUCGGUGCAGCGUUUUAUGUUUGCUAGGUUCACUCGUUCCCGGGCAUGCUGUGGGGUGAAAGGAAUGCUGCAUUCUGAUAUGUGCGACACAUUGGAAAUAAAAGGUUGUUAUGCAGUAGUUAA